AUGAAGAAGAAGAACGUCGUCACCCCAAAGAUGUGUCUGUGUAUAAUGGACCUGGUCAAAGAAGGAGCGUCGCCGGAGAAAGUGAACAACAUCAUCCAUAGUGUUGGGAAGUCACUCAGGAUCACAGUAACCAAUAAUAUUAGUGGAAGAUCUGCUCGACGCGUAGUUGGUCAAGCUGAGAUUGCAACGCAGCUACGAGCUUAUAUUGAAUCAGUUAUUUCAGGUGUGAUACUUAGCUCAGAUGGAACAUCCCAUAAAGGCUUGAACUAUGAGUCACGUCAUGCCCAUUUUCUUGACCCAGAUACCAAUGAAAAGAUGACGUUGUUUCUGGGUAUCAGUCUUGCACCAGGUCACACCAGUGAAGAACAACUUGAGGGUUGGGUACGCACCAUUGAUGGCCUAUAUGUUACUUAUAUGGCAAGUCCAGUGGGUCAGAAACGACAAACACGAAUUCUAUUGAAGGUCAUGGGCAUGCUCACUGAUCAUGCCGCGGACCAGAAAAAGCUUUUUGCAUUGUUUCGAGAGCUCAAGAAAAGAACAGAACGUGAGAUUAGAGGAGAACAAGCAAUAAAGAUGAUCACACCUGAUGAAGUUCUCUGCAUCGCACUAGAACAUAGUGCUGCAGCAGUUGAAGCUGCCAGUGGUUUGAGUGCUUGGGAUGCACUAUCAGAUGCAGACUGUGCAGUGCGUAGUUCCGAGAUCACCAAAGCUGUCAUCCUUCAAAUUGGCGAGGAUGAUUUCAAUAAGCUGACCCCCGGGCAACAGGCCGAAGUCGAUUUCUGUGUAUGGUGUGGAUGUACUAUGCACAAAGACCUGAAUGCACAUAAAGGCGGAAUAGCAAAAGCAAUUACCUACUGGGAGGUGAAUCAUAAGAUGCCGCCUUGCAGCCUCCCAAACAAAGACAAUGAAGCUGCUGCUUGUCUUGGGAAUAAUGUCGAGAAGGCUCGGGUUGCAAAGAUGACUUCUCGGGGAGGAAUAAAGACCUGUGAGUUGAUGGGUCUGCUCCUCAAGCACAAGGAUUCAAAGAAGGGACAACAGGAUCAUCACGGCAUUUAUCUCGAAGCCCGUGAGCAUGUUGGAUUUUUUGCUCAUUUUCCCGACACUUCAAAUACAUGGUAUCAAUCAUACUGUGAUGCUGCUGCUGAGAUUAUUGUUCAUUUGCCUGUUUAUCGCGAGAUGCUAGAAUGGAUCCGUGAUGAAAAGCAAACCGGCCACUUUACCAACAUUGAACUUAACAUAUAUCGUGCCCUUAACGACAUUCCUACACUCACAGAACUUGCUGCACAUGCUCUUUACGGUCAGGCAAUCACAUAUCCCUAUCUUCAGGUCGCUCGAAAGCAGGGGAUGACCCAUUUUAGCCUUGCUCCUCUCCAUUUGAACCUUCUUGACCAUAUUCAAAAGCUUAUAUGCCAGCCAAAACUUCUGUAUAGUCCAGACACUGACUAUGCAACUGGUUCCCUUGAUGGACAAGGAUGGGAACGUCCUGAGGCUGUCUAUUGUAUCAUGGCAAUGGCUGGUCAGCUGCCCGAUCUCGAGGGGGUUCUUUUGUUUCUAUUAGAGGGUGCAUUUGAAACCUGGAAAUGGUUUUCUCAUGAUGUACUGCACCGGGAAAUACCUGCACAUCUUCUAAAAAACUUGUAUCCACCUGCUACGAAUGAUCCCAAUGAAAGCACACUAGGAGAACUCAGACAGGAAAAGUUUCGAGCCCCAAAUGCCACUCUCGAGUACUCAAAUAGUAAACUUAUGCUUCAGCGGAACAAAGGAACAGUUGAUUAUCUCGAGAACAAUUUGUCAGAUGGCUUGAAUCAGACCUUCUUGCGGAAACAGCAGCGCAAGACAGAAAGACAAGGACUUAAACUCAAGCAUCGAAAGGACCUUGCUUUAGCAUCACAGAAGAAGGUAGCUAAUGCAACAAUUUAUACAAAAAAACCUCAGACAUUCUCAUCAUUUUCUGUGUGGCAAACAUGUGACAAGUGUGACAAGUGCAACCAUAGAGGAUGUGACAAGUGA